GUAGCCUCGCUGUGUCACGGCAGUCAUGGAGGUUCGACCUAAAGUGAACUAAGUGCAUCCCAUUAUCAAACGUGUUUUUUUGUUUGUUUUUUUAUGUGUGCUUUUUUGAGUGAAGGACGUGUAGGAAUUCGUUGUCCUGUGGAAGGUCAGCUGAUCAUUUCUGUGUGUCGUGCAUAACUGUGUUUCUCGUAAGCGAAAACUAGUCGGGGGGGAAAAUGGAGAUAAGAUAACAAUUUCUCUAUCAUCUAACGACUGACUUUGCCUUUGGAUAUUUCGAAACGGUGAGCCCUCGCAACGAAAGACUGGUUCAACAGGGAAGACUGCCUUGUUGUUAAAUCUCAGUCAACAAGAGACAGGUGAAGCAGAGAGUCAGUGAAAGUGCACAAACGAGCCCAAGAAUUCGAGGCAGAAGCGCGUACUGCAACGCUGACCAGUGCGAACGCUUAUGUGCCGUGUCAAGAGUGAUGCGCUGAGGGUCAGCAUUCGGCGAAGACUCUCGUGGUUCGGCCAGUGAGUGUGACCCGCGGUUCGACGCAGCGCAGGAGUCGGCAACAGGACCCUUCCUUUCGCUCCCUGUGGCUCAGGGCCUCCGCACUCGACGAAUAUGAGUUGUGCUCAAGUGAUGUACCAGCCGUACGCUCCCAGUCCUUACGUGGUGCAGCCGGAGACGCCGCAGGCCGCACCUCCCCAUGCGUCCGCCCCGUCGUCCACGCCGGUGACGGAGGCCAGACACGCUGACGGCGUGCUCCACCACCCACAGCCGCCCGCCCCCAGCAUCACUCCCCAGAGUCCGCCCCACGCCCACCAUCACCACCACCAGCCGCCGCCACAGUCACAGAUACCACAGAACAGCGAGGCGGGGGGUAGCAACACUCAAAUACAACAGCAACAACAACAGCAGCAGCAGCAACCUCAGCAGCAGCAACAGCAAGGAGCGUCGGACCUCAGCGGGGGGCAGCGAUCCCAUGCCCGCGCGCCCUACAGAGCUGCCUCCAAUGGCUCUGCGGCGGCGGACCCCGACGCUCCUCCGCCAGAGAAGAAAUUCUGUGGUGAAGCGGACGCCCCCUCAGCACCCCCCACCCCCUCGCUACCCCCUCCCCACCAUCACCAACACGCAACUCAUCACCAUCACCAACACCAACAGCAUCACCAUCACCACCAUUCCUCGCACCACCAUCCGCCGCAUAGUGAGCCACCAGGAUCGCCAACACAACACGCCAACGAGGUGAAAUACGUCUCUGCCAAUUGCAUGGUGGUCACGCACUAUGCAGGCGACACAGCAACGGUGGUGGACGAGCAUUUUAGCCGAGCCUUGUCGACGCCACACUUCGAGAAACCACAUUCUCCGGGAAAAGGUAAGCUGCGACCAGGUGUGCUGUGGCAGCUGCGUGAGGGAGGGCCAGGGUGAUGUAACAAGAUUUUACUUUUAUGCGGUAGCCUUUUAGGGAUCGGUAGUUGUACACACUUAGUUCCAUGUGCCUCUAGAUCACCCUUUUCUGUAUGCAGGAGAGUGUGUGAUAGCGUUUGUAUGUAUUGUAUAUAUAUGUAUAUGGAGACAUGCAUGUGCAAAGUAACACACAUAGUUUGUAUGUUUUGUAUGUUUGUGUGUGUGAUGUGUGUGUG